GGCGUGGUGAGAGGCGGAAGCGCCCCCUCCCCUUCCCCGCUGUCCCGCCGCUGGGCGCCCCGUCCCGCUGGGCUCCGCCAUGUCGCCGGUGCUGGCGCUGCUGGCCGCGCUGGCGGCCCCGGCUGCCGCCUACUUCGUCAGCAUCGACGCGCACGCUGAGGAGUGCUUCCUGGAGCGGGUGCCGUCCGGCACGAAGAUGGGGCUCAUCUUCGAGGUGGCGGAAGGGGGUUUCCUGGACAUCGACGUGGAGAUUACAGGGCCUGAUAAUAAAGGAAUUUAUAAAGGCGAUCGAGAGUCCAGUGGAAAAUACACCUUUGCUGCUCACAUGGAUGGAACUUACAAGUUUUGCUUUAGCAACAGAAUGUCCACCAUGACUCCCAAGAUAGUGAUGUUCACUAUUGAUAUUGGGGAAGCUCCAAAGGGGCAGGACAUGGAGACAGAAGCUCAUCAGAACAAGCUAGAAGAGAUGAUUAAUGAGUUAGCAGUGGCCAUGACAGCUGUAAAGCAUGAACAGGAGUACAUGGAAGUUCGUGAAAGAAUACACAGAGCAAUUAAUGACAACACAAACAGCAGAGUGGUUCUCUGGUCAUUCUUUGAAGCUCUUGUAUUAGUUGCCAUGACACUGGGACAAAUCUACUAUCUGAAGAGGUUUUUUGAAGUCAGAAGGGUUGUUUAAGAGUACUUUUCUGGUCCUGGAUUUCAGUUCACUGUCUACCAAACAUCCUGGUCACAAAAAAAAGUCAUUUAGUUUCUGAACCCUCUUUACUGAACUGUAAAAUUAUUGCUUAUGUUCCUCCUAGUUAAAAAUGAAUUGUUUUUAUAUAUCUUCUGUAGCAAAAGCUGUGCUGAAAUCUUGUCACUUAAUUGGCAUAAUCUUUUUUUCACUUAAAUCUGCCUAGUCUGUAUGCUAAGCGAGGUCUGAGCAAGCUGCAAAUGCUGUAAUUCAGCUGUAGUAACAAGCAAUGUUGAUGUCUUUUCUAACUUUUUUUCCCCCCGUUUUCGUACUUGCAGUUCUGUCUGGGGAAAUAGUACGAGGCCCUAAUGUGACUGUUCGCAUUUUUGAGAUUUUUAACCCUGUGGUAGGUGUUACAAAACCAAAAUAAUCCCUUCUUCACUUCUAUAAGUUGCCAAGGAGACGUGAUUGGAACUUUAUUCUUAACGAAUAGAAGACAGCUGACAACUUCCAGUCUAGUACUCAUACCUAGUUGCUGUUUAAACGGAAGUCUUCAGUACCUAUCCUAAUUACAUUGACUUAUUCCCAAAGUUCUUUUAAAUUAACUAGUUGAUAUGAAAAUACACUUUCUCCUCUCAUUACCGAAUGCUCAUCGUAUGGAUUUUAGUCUUUCACAGGUUUUAUAUUGAAGCCAAUUGUGUGCAGUGUCUUGGCAAACAGUAGUUAACCCUUUGGUUUUUGCAGGUCCAAAGCUCCGACUGUUGGCGCUGUUGCAGAACGCAUUUGCGUUCAGGAAAUCUGGGUUCCUGAUGCCAAAGGGUUAAUGAUUCCGGGGGUUUAUUGCGAUGCUAUGCAGCCCUUGUAUUUAAGUUAAGUGGCAGGCUCUGCCAUUAUCUGAUCAUAAUUAGCAUAAUGCUAAAUACUGGUGUGUUUUCUUUUUCAGGCACAUGUAGGUUUGUUUUUUGUAUAAAGUUUCUUUCCUCAGUAUCUGAUGAUUGGUUUAAAAAUUCAAGAAGUGUCUGAUGUGGGUGCUGAGCCAGGAUUAUGUUGUGACUGAUGUACAUUAGUUGUAAUCAUUUUUGGGGGUGGGGCGGGGUCUUUUCCAGGGGUGAGCCUCUACAAGUAACACACAACAGUUUUGUACAAUUAAUUUAAAAUUUGUUACAGGUUUUCAUGUUCCAGGUAAAGUUUUUUCAACCUUGGGCAAACACUUGCAGCAGUUCUUCAGAAAGGUGGCUGUUACACCUUAUUGCAACUGUUGUGUGCCAAUAUUUUUGUGUAAAACACUUAAAAUUGAAUUCUAAGGUGUACAUUUAAAAAUUGCUUGUGAAUCUAACUAUGACCCAGGUUCGAUAAAUAAACAAAUUCUUUAAAAAAAAAAA